AUGGUGCGAUUCUUGGUCUGAUCUCCACGACCUCUGGAAAAUUUUGGUUACAUCAUCAUGCUUGUGGCGAUUUGUAUCAGGUUGUGAGCUGAAACACUCUGAGGUCUGGAUCUCUGGUAAUUGAGCUGAAUCGAGAGAUGUUUCAGGUACCGUGUUUGAUUGGUGAACUGACAUCUUCAGAACUUAACUUGAAUUUGCUUUCUUUGCUUCAGUUUUCCUGAAAUUAGGGUAUGUCAAUUACUUUUGAUCUCGCAUGCUGAUAUUUUGUCUCUGUUAAGGCCUAGGGCAUAGAUGCGUUAAAGCCGACGCUGUUAUUCUGUUGUUAAGGAAAGUGAAAAGUCUGACUCUACUUCAUAUAAGUGAACGGAAUUACAAGUUUCUUGUAUUCCAGGUGUGUACUUUGAAGGAAUUUGCAGUCAAGCUUUUAGUAUUCUGGUGUCAGCUUUGUGGAAUUGGAUUGUAAAUCCUUUGUUUGAAAUUCUUCUCUCUGUCAUAUUACUCAGUUUCCCUGUGUGUUGAUUCUCCAGUAUUUACUGGAUCUUUUCAGUUUAAGACUAUUGAAAGGUUACAAACUGUUUUGAUCAUUUAUCUCUUCGGUUUCUUCUGCAUUUAUAUCUUAAGAACAGUUUUUAGGGGGAGAGAGAGAGAGAGGGGUUAGAACUUAAGACUUUUUGGUCUUGGUUGUUGGCAUAUUUGCUAGUGUAUGCCUAUAACUAGAUGCAAUAUUUGUGCAUUUAGUAAUGCUUAGAAUGUGGGAAGGUAAGCAUCAUAGAAGCAUCCAAGGGGAGAGCAUCCAGCUCUCCCAUGGGAAAUGUUGAACAUGGGUUGAGAGAAAAUCAAGAGAGCUAGAGUGAAAAGUAUUCUAGUGAAAGAAUUCUUGGGGUAGAGUGAGGUUGUUGGGAAAAUUCUACGAGUGCGUGUGCAAGAGAUUUAGGAUUGGGUUAUGUUGAUUUAACUCAUGUUUACUUGUACUAGUUAUUCUCAUAGCGAAGAACAAUAUCUCUCCGGGGACGUAGGCAUGUUUUUGCCGAACCUCGUAAAUUUCACAGUGUCUUUAUUUCUUGUAUUUUAUUCUGUUCAACUGAAUGUGAUUUAGUGAGGUUGUAAUCUGAAUCUCGUUUUCGCAUUAACAAACGGGCAAGGCACAACAAUUGGAUGCUUUAUAGCCAUGUUGGAUGCUUGAUUAUUAAUGCCAUUUGAGUGUUAAUGUUUUGUUGUGUAAGCUUUUUUGUCCACGUGCACGUAUAAGUUUUUGCCUUUUAAGCUUUCCUAUUCAUCAAUGUGAACAUUUUUUCUCUCUUAAUCCUAUAUUGUGUAGUCUUUUGCUUUUGUCAUUUAUCUCGUCGAAACAUAGUGUUAAGUCCCAAAACAUUUUCUAUUUUCAAACAAGAGAAAAAGCAGCACACUUUUCAAACAUGAGAAAAAAAGGCACACUACAAAUAGGGUGUCUCUCCCUCAACCCCCUCCGUCUCCGCCUUCUAUUUAAAGUUCUCGGCGGUUGGACUGCCGUAAAUCGCAUUCCUUCCCCUUCACUCGGAUAGGGAUCAUUCAGUCAAUUAGGGUUUCACUGCAGCGCAAGAAAGAAGCUCGGAAACUUCCAUUUUGAAAUCGAUGGCGUCGUUUGGGUCUUUAAAAUAUGCAAUCUUCGACAGAGAAGAGAGAAAACAGCAGUACCAGGCUCAUAUUCUCGGCCUCAACGCUUACGACCGCCACAAAAAGUUCGUCAAAGAUUACGUUAGCUUUUAUGGUAGAGAAGCAUCUUCACAUGUCAAGCUGCCGGUUAAAACUGAUCAUGACACCCUAAGAGAAGGUCACCGGUUCAUAAGAUCCGAGGAAGAUAAUAUGGACCGAUCUUGGGAGCAAAGACUGGUAAAGAGUAUCCUUUGCAAACUGUUGCUAUUUUUCUGCAAUUGGGUUGAAAAUUGAAAUUUAUUAUUAUCAGCUUGUUUAGCCUAUUGAUUCUUUGUUUCUUCGGGUAUACUUGAUAGAUAUUGGUGAAGUAUAUCUUCAAUUUGAGAGGAGGAAUAUGGGUGGGAACUGAAUUCUUGUGCUUUUGCGUCCUUGUUGUCAUGUAAACUGUUGGGAAUGGGCAGGUUGGUAUAAAAAAUAGUUUGUUGCUUCCGCAUUAUAUCUGGAAAGUAGAUGGGCUGAAAAUGAAAUAGAUUGCUUCAUUGAUUAUCUCCUUAACCUUGUUCAAGAUACUGCAUGACAUGUCACAUUACAAGAGUGGUAAGGCCAGUAGUUAAGUGAUACACAAAAUUCUGAAGAUCAUGUUUUUGUUUUUGUUGUAGUUCGAGUAUAGGAACUUCUUAAAUUCUAUUGCCUAUCUUUUUAUCAAUAUGUACUCUGCAAAGAGAAUCUUGUUUUCUAGUUUUUAUGUUUUAGCCCUUAUCAGAGGUUUUUCACCUUUCUGACCUCAUGGUUUAUUUGUCUUUUCUGAGGUCAAUAUUUCCAAUUCACUUUUAGAAAAUGCAAAAUAUAAUGUGCUAGUCUUGUUAGAUUUUGCAUGUCCAAAUGAAUUUGUCAGAGGUUAUCAAUUUUACUUGAAUAAUAAGGAAAUUGAAGUUAGGUUAUGAUGUUUUAACUCUAAAGAAAUGGUUAAAAUACAACAGAUCCGUUUAAAUGCUAGAUAAUACAUUUUAGUUUUGAUUACUUGAUAGUAUACAGUCGUUUAUUGUGAUUCUAAUGAGAUCCUUAAAGAGAUAGCCUUUGAGUCAUUGUUUAUCCAUGAUUUUUUUUUUCCUCUGAUGUAAAUGACAAGUGACGUUAUGUUAAAAGUAAUGCUUUCUGAUUUCCUAAAAUUUUUC